AUGGUAGCAAGCAGCAGUUGUUGGGUCUUGCUGACCCUGGUUUGUGUGGCCACGCUAGCACAAGCCUCCACGAUCCGUGACGUCCAGGCGUACCGCAAUGGGGACGGUCCACAACCAACCGACAUCUCGAAGCUGACGGCCGAAAUCAUCACCAACGAUGGCUACCCCGUGGAGGAGCACCAAGUGACGACGGCCGAUGGCUACAUCCUGACGAUGUUCCGCAUCCCGGGUGGACCGGGUAAUCCUGCGCGUGAAGGCAAGAACGUUGCCUUUGUCCAGCACGGGUUGCUCUGUUCGUCCGCCGAUUGGGUCAUUUUGGGACCGGGUCGAGCCCUCGCAUAUAUGCUAGUGGACGCCGGUUACGACGUGUGGCUUGGCAAUGCACGUGGCAACACCAACUCCAGGCGUCACAUCUUCCACGAUCCGGACGCGCGCAAUACGGACUUCUGGGACUUCAGUUGGCACGAGAUCGGUUUCUUCGACCUACCGGCUAUGAUUGACUACGCGCUUCAGUACACGGGACAGACCUCGCUUCAGUACGCUGGUCACUCCCAGGGCACGACGUCCUUCUUCAUCAUGACCUCGCUGCGACCGGAAUACAACCAGCGCAUCCGCUCGAUGCACGCUCUGGCUCCGGUGGCGUUUAUGAGCAACCUGCGAUCUCCGUUCGUCCGAGCGUUUGCUCCCUUCGUCGACCAAAUCGAUUGGCUGAUGCGCAUGUUGGGUGUGAACGAGUUCUUGCCAAGCAGCGACAUGAUGACGCUUGGUGGCCAGAUGCUUUGCCGUGAUGAAGCUCUCUUCCAGGAAGUGUGCGCCAACGUGCUGUUCCUGAUCGGUGGCUUCAACUCGCCACAACUCAACCGCACCCUACUACCGACCAUCCUGGCCAACACUCCGGCCGGUGCCUCUGUCAAUCAGCUGGUUCACUACGCACAGGGAUAUAACUCGGCUCGUUUCCGGCAGUUCGACUUUGGCCUGACGCUCAACCUUGUCCGAUACGGUUCGAUCCGGCCACCAGAUUAUCCGUUGAACCGUGUGACGGCUCCAGUGGCCCUGCAUUACGGUGACAAUGAUUGGCUGGCGGCAGUGAGUGACGUACGUGAACUGCACUCGAACAUCGCCAACCCGAUCGGAUUGUUCCGCGUGUCGGAUCCGAACUGGAACCAUCUUGACUUCACUUGGGGCAUCGAUGCCGAUUCGCUGCUGUACCGUCGCGUCAUCAGCUUCAUGGAUCGAUACAACUGAAACCGAACGAGAGACAACGGCAAAUGACAAAAUCGGU